GAAACGUCAGUCAUGCGAGAGCAGGCAGGCUGGAGCAGGCUGGAGCAAGUUGCGUCAGGCACGAUCGGCGUUCGCGACAUCGCGGAGCAGGCUGGCAGGCACUGACAGGCACUGACGUGCGAGCCGCGGAAGAGAGAGAGAGAGAGAGUGCGACGAACAUGAGCAGAACGCAGGAAAAAUCAGUCGAGGAGGACGAAAUUAAUCUCUUCAAUCCCACUAUAUUGGACAGAUUGCCGAUAUCGCCCGUUGCUGGAUUACUCAUCAGACCGCUGAAAAGUACGGAUUAUGAUAAAGGCUUCUUAGUCCUCCUGUCGCAAUUGACAGACGUUGGAAAUGUCACCAAGGAGCAAUUCUUAAACAGAUUCUACAGCAUGAAAAGCGCCGGUGGCUACUACGUUGUCGUCAUCGAGGAUGUAAUUUCUGGAAAAGUGAUAGCCUGCGCGACGCUAGUCCUGGAACAGAAAUUUAUCCACAAUUGCAGCUUGCGAGGGCGCAUGGAGGACGUGGUGGUCAACAAAAAUUACAGGGGCAAAUCGUUGGGGAAAUUAGUGAUAACGAUCGUAGUGCAGUUGGCGCGCUACUUUCAUUGUUACAAACUAUCCUUGGACUGCGCGGAUCGUCUGGUGCCGUUCUACGAGAACAUAGGCUUCAAGCGGGAAACUAACAAUGCCAAUUAUCUCAAUAUGCGCUUCCACGGUGACAACGCCACCGAGCAGUCGCGUUUAUAGUAACCGGUUUUAUUACUAUGGCAAACGAGUACUUAUUCAUGGUACUGCAUACAUACAAAACUUGCAAAAACAACUGGAAAUAUAACGUUACUUCCCUUAGUUAUAUUUAAACUUUAAAGGACAUUUGAAUUGGAAAUUCAAGGACGUGAAUGUUAAAUUUUAUCUCUUCUCUCUAUGCAGAAAAUCUCAUUGCUAAAAUAAUUUAAGAAAUGCUUUUUUUCGUUUGUAAGAGAAAAAAAUUUAUUGUACUAACACUUGAACUAAAAUGAAUUAUUUUAUAUUCUUUUUUUGUUUACAUAUUAACAUAAGCGUUACAUAACUAAUGUAUUUACGUGCACACGCAGGUGCGUGUUUUUAAUUUUGAAAAA